CCCCUCACAAUGCUCUCGAGGAUCUGUCGGAAUUUUCUUGGAUGCGUUAUCAUCCGCGUUUUUGAGUGUGUUGAUGUUGCUGUGUUAUCAUUAGCGCGCAGGUAGCAUAGGCGAAAGUCAACUCACGAAGCAUUCCGUGCUUGUUUGUUAAAAGAAGCUGUCACGGUCCGAGGGUUGGUGUCUCUGAAGUGAAUACUGCACCGAGUGGACACGUUAACACCGGCAGCACUUUCCGCAGUGGCAAGCACGAACGGGGCGUCCCCCCUUUCUCGCCACAUUCUUCGACAGGUGGCCAACAGGUCGUUUUGCUUCUGCCCGCGGGGUUUGGUAGGUGAAAGUUGUGCCUCCGUUGAGAACGUGAAUUGCAAUUUGUUGACUCUUACGUCACACGGUAGUGAGAAUGAGAAGCUUGUGAGGUGAAAUACGCGUCUUAGAGUCACUGUGCGCGGUCACGACAAAUCAUCAAUAGCAGCAGUGCGCGCCCCGAACGGACAUGGAAGUGGUGCCUACGCCGGAAGUGCUGACGGACGAGGAUGUGCGGAUUGUGGUGGAGAAGAGCCAGAAGGGGUGUGCCCAAAUCAUAGGCUACUCGGUGAAUCGGUUAAGUGAGGAACCCAUCGGUUACUUGGCUGCUCACUUGAAGCUGUGCGUCGAGCUGGCACCGGCGGCGGUCACCGUCAACGGGACCAGUGAAAGUUUCGAAAGUGAUGGCCACAGUGCGUUCCGCAAACUGUCGUUUUUCGUUAAACUGCUACCGGAAACGAACCCAAAGCUAGCCGAGUACAUCGUCGAAAUGGGUUGCUUUGGGAAAGAAAUCGACGUGUACUGUAGGCUGUUGCCGGAAAUGGUGCGGCACACGCGAGAGAUUGAUCCGUUCGUUCCGGCCAUUCUGCUGACCAAAGACCACAAGCUAAUCGUGUGUGAUGAUCUAACGCAACAAGGCUACGGCAUGAUGAAAGCCCGGGGCUUGCUAGAUCAGGCCCACAUUGAAGUGGCUCUGCGAACGAUCGCGAAGCUUCACGCCACAUCGCUCAUCCACGAGGAGCGCACCAAUACACCGCUGGUCGAGACUUGCCGAAGGCUCGCUCGAAACGGGGCGGCGAGCAUGCUGGAAGAAAAUGUCUACAUAAACCGUGACUCGUACGUAAGGACGACGAACCUGGAAAACUGCAUACAGGUGUUGCGCGAGCUCACGAAACGGAUCGACAAGUACCGGCAGUCGGACCAGCUGGACCACAUACUGCAUCAAAUCCCGGUGCUGGUGCGCAAAAUUUACGAAUUUGCCAAACCCUCGAAAGUGUUUCGCAAUGUGCUGAAUCACGGGGACCUGUGGUGUAACAACAUCAUGUUCCGAUACGAAGAUAACGGUGCGACGGAACCAGCACGACCCGUCGAUGCGAAGCUAGUGGACUUUCAAUUUUCACGCAUCGCCCCACCGGCGUACGACGUCAUGGCGCUGAUUAUGAUCUCCACCCUGAGCACGUUCCGCAAUCCGCUGAUGGAUCGUUGGAAGCGGGUGUACUAUGACCAUCUGAGGGCGUACCUGGCGGCAAACGGGUUGGAUGUGGAGUCGGUGCUCCCGUGGACGACGUUCGUUGAGUCCUGCGGGCACUACCGGUUGGCGGGGUUGAUUGAAAGCUGCAUGUACUUCCACUGGCCGCCGGAACAGGAUUGCUACGAGUUGGACGACAGCAGUGCGACGGAUGAUUUCGAGUGCAAAACCAAUUCCACGGUGUUUGUGCGGGCUAGCAUACGGGGUUUCGAAAAGUACGAGUCCUAUCGAUUACGGAUCAGCGAUAUGAUAACGCAGCUGGUAGAUAACUUUAUACUGCACCAAUAGACAAUAUUAGACCAUGGCCGUGGCGUAGCUAUCGAGGCUAGAAAGUAAUGUACCGUAGGAAAAAAAGACAGUUUUAGGUUUGGUGUGCAAGUUCUUUAGGAACGGUACCGUGUCUGUUGUUUGUUUUGUAUUUUAUUAAUUAUAUUUACGUUGUUUACGUU